CUAAUUAUGAUGCAAAAACUUCCAUAGAAAACAACAACUUUAUAACAAUUAUGGCGGCAUUUCGGACGAAGUUGUUGGGAAUAUUGGCAAAAUAUGACGCCCAGAUACAAGCUCGUCUGCCUCGUAUGGGCCAAAAGUUUUGGAAUUCCGCAACGGGACCAAAGACAAUAUUUUUUUGGGCACCAACAUUUAAGUGGGGUUUAGUUAUAGCUGGUAUUGCUGAUUUGACAAGACCUGCUGAAAAAUUAAGUGCCUCACAGUCAUUGUCUUUAGCAGCAACUGGAUUUAUUUGGUCACGAUAUUCCUUGGUAAUUAUCCCACGAAGUUGGAACUUAUUUGGUGUAAAUUUUUUUCUUGGUAUGACUGGUUUAAAUCAGCUAUAUCGUGUUUGGGAUUACCAAAGAAAGCUAAAAUCUUCACCUGAAACAGACAUGGACAAUACCUCAAGUUCUACCACAUAACUAUAAUUCAAGUGUAAAUACACAUUUAUAUUUAAUUUGUAAAACUUAAAACAGAACUUCAUAUUUUUCAUUUGAGCAUUUAUGACAGACAUGACUUUAGGUACCCCUAGCUUGAAAAGUGAGUUCACUUUUUGGGAAUUCUGUAUAUAUAUUCUGACACAUAUUAAUGUCAAAUUGAAAGAUAUACAGUAGCUCUAAACUAAAGGAACAUUGCCUUGCAUCAGCUAAUUAUUUAUUAUAAUGCUUUGAAUUUCAAAGAAUGAAUCCUACUAAUAAUUUUGUUGUAUAUCAUUU